AUGGGUGCUUACGGAAGGCUUCGACUUGAAAUUUCAAUCGAUAGAACAAAGAGAUAUCAAGAGAUUUUGGGAUUUGGUGGAGCUUUCACAGAUGCAGCCGGCAUUAAUAUUCUCAGUCUACCGGAACAAUUACAAGAUCAGAUAUUGCGUGGUUAUUACUCCUCCGACGGUUUGGAUUAUACUUUUGGAAGAGUACCCAUAGCCAGUUGUGACUUUUCUACACACGUUUAUUCUUAUGACGAUGUACCGGGAGAUGCGAAUCUCACUCAUUUCAGUUUAACCGAAGAAGAUUCGAAAUUGAAGAUUCCACUAAUCCACCGAGCUCAAAAAAUGCAAUCUAAGUCGAUAAAAUUGUUUGCCAGUCCUUGGAGUGCCCCAGGAUGGAUGAAAAGUUCGAGGAAGAUGGGUGGUCCUGGAAUACUUAAAGAAGAAUAUUAUCAAACUUGGGCAGAAUAUUUUGUCAAUAAAAGUAUAUGCAUAAUGCGAAAGUUAUAUGUUAUGCCUGUAGAAGAGGAGAAAAACAAAUUGGAUGAACCACUUAAAAACGUUCAUCUGAAAAUUAGAACGAAAAGAAAAGAUAGAAUUCUAGAGCACAAACAAAAUUAA